GCUGACGGCGUUCGUGGUGAAGGUGCUGGCGCUCAGCCGGCAGUACCAGAACGUGGACGCUGCCGGGAUUCGGGAGUCGGUCACGUGGCUGCUGGGAAACCAACAGGCCGACGGCUCCUUCCGCGACCCACAGCCUGUCAUCCACCGGGACAUGCAGGGCGGCGUCGGGGGGCAUCAGGGGGGCGUCUCACUCACGGCGUUCGUGGUGGUGGCCCUGAAGCAGGCGCUGGCGCUGUAUGAGGGGCAAGAGGCCAACUCCGAUCUGCAGACGGAGAAGCAGGAGCAGCGGGCACGCGUGAAAAGCAGCCUGUCCCGGCCACGCGGUACCUGUCGGCAGCGCCGGAGCAGGGCCGGGACCCCUACCGGCUGCCAUCACGGCCUACGCCCUGUCCCUGCCUCCGACGACGCGGGCGCCAUCGGGGCAGCCGACCGCCGGCUGCGGCGACUCGCCGCGCGCGACAACGAGUGUUACAGCGACCCCCCCGAGUGGCGGCGGGCGGCACCGCAGCCCCGCUCCCCCAGCGGCCGUGGGCGCACGCGCAGCCCCAGCUCCCCCCAGCGGCCGUGGCGUACUGCAGCCCAGCUUCUUCCCCCCAGCGGCCGUUGGCGAGGGACCAUGAUGUUUUGGGCAGCGGAGCAGGAUGGGGGCACCUCUGCUUCAGCCAUCACGUCGAGACCACGGGCCUACGCGCUCCUGCACCUCGUGCUGCACAACGACCUCUCGACCGCCAAGAAGGUCGCCCGGUGGCUGACGGAGCAGAGGAACCUACGGUGGUGGCUUCAAAUCCACACAGGUCCCAGCCAGGAGGGAGACACGGUGGUGGCACUGGAUGCCCUCUCCCCAGUACUGGAUCAACACCUACACUGGUUGAAGGGAACGAGCUGGAUUUACUUUCUCCAGCCCUGGCAAAUCCGGCACCAAGAAAGUGAUUCUCGACCCGUUCCCAGAACCACAUCCAGGAAGAGCUGCAGUUCUCCUUGGCGCGACAACCUCCAAGUGAAGGUGGAAGGGAAAGGAAAGGGGACCCUGACUGUGCUGAAGCUGUACAACGUGGCGGAGCUGCACAACAGCUCGUGCCAGAGCCUGGGGCUGGAGGUGACGGUCAGCGGGGACGUGCGCUUCGAGGUGGACGAGGAGGAUGACUAUGACUACGAGUACGGCGGGGAGGCCCCCGCGGCCGAGGCUCCGCUCCACCCCAUCCACUGGUUCGACGCCCGGCGCCGGCGCCGCAGGGAGGCGGCUGAUCCUGGCAAGCGCAACAAGGACGUGGCCUAUUCCGUCUGCAUCUGGAGGCAGCCGGGCUCCCGUCUCUCCGGCAUGGCCAUUGCUGACAUCACCCUGCUGAGCGGCUUCCAGCCCCACAUGGACGACCUCGACAAGCUGAAGGACCUGUCCGAUCGCUACAUCAGCCACUAUGAAGUCCAGGGCCAGAGACUCAUCCUGUACUUCGAGACG